AUGAUUAGAUUCAAAAGUUUAAAAAAGAUGCAUGAUCAAUAUGGUUCAGUUAUACGUGUAGGUCCUAAAGCGAUUUCCAUUGGUGAUAAAGACUUGAUUAAAUCAGUAUUAGUCCAUCACGAUCUUCCAAAAUCACCUAUCUAUAAUAUAUUAAAGAAACAAGGAGAAUCUAUGUUUAAUACAACUAAUAAGCAAUUUCAUAAAAAUAGAAGAAGAUUAGUUUCACCUGCUUUUUCUAUCAAGUAUUUGAGCUCAUUAGAGCCCUUCAUGGCCUCUGUCAUGAAUACAUUUAUAAACAAAAUAAAUCAAGAAAUAGACGAGUCAACUAACGAAGAAGGAUAUGCAGUGAUUGAUAUUUGGUGUCUGUUACAACAUGUAGCCUUUGAUAUCAUAGGUGAAACUGCGUUUGGUCAAACGUUUCACAUGAUUGAAAAUAAGGGUGAUCAUUGUGUUAUGAAAUAUAUGCUAUUAAGAUUCAAAUUAGCUGCGUAUGUUAUCUCUUAUAUGUCCAUUGCUAAAUUUCUUUUCUCGGGGCGUAUUCCUAAAAAAGUGCUUGAUGUAACGAUUUUUACUAUUUUAUUUAUUUAUUUUUUGAAUAAUAUCUAUACAAGUCGGAAAGAAGAGAAUAAUAAUACUAAUACUAAAAGAAAAGAUAUUUUACAAGCUUUAAUUGAUACACAAGAUGCUACACAGCCUGAAGAUCGUUUAUCCCCUGAGGCCAUUCUUAUUGAGACUUACUUGUUCCUUGCCGCUGGAUCUGAAACAACAAGUAAUACAGUUGGAUUUGCAAUUAUUGAAUUACUUCGUCAUCCCAGUAAAUUGAAAAAAUUAUAUCAAGAGAUAGAUACCGUACCUUUUAAAGAUGGAAGUCACCACUUAUUAUGUCAUGAUACCUUAAAGAAACUUCCUUAUCUAAAUGGAGUUAUCAACGAAACUUUACGUUUAAAUCCUGUAAGUGCUGUGGGUUUUCCUCGAUAUACAGAUCAAGAUAUUUUACUUGGAGAACAUUUGUUCAUUCCAAAAGAGACUACUGUUGUUUGUAAUGGCUAUUAUGCUCAAUUAAAUGACAAGUAUUGGCCAAAUGCUUCUCAAUUUUUACCAGAGAGAUGGAUUCCCGGUGAAAAAGAAUUUAAAGAGUCCAAACAUGUGGAUGCAUUUUUUCCUUUUAGUUCAGGAUCAAGAAAUUGUAUCGGCAAAAAUUUUGCUUAUCAAGAAAUGCGUAUUAUUAUUGCUUCUAUCCUUAAAAAUUAUGAAAUUGUACCUAUUAAGGAUGAAAUGCAACAUGCAACUCAUCUUCGACAAUAUCUUACUCUUUGUAUAGCUAAACGUAGUUUUAAGAUUAAAAUAAUAAAGCGUGUCUAA